CAAGUUUGGACCCUGAAAAGACGUCACUCGCCAAGAUAUGAUGGCAUAGCAUCACCCGCCUUUAGUUCAAAUACACCAAACAUCGCUUGGGACAGGGCCCCAUCAGCGAAUUGUUUGAAUUCCUUCUGCACACCAAUACUCCUCACAGUGAAGACAAUCAAGGACUUUCACGUGUUACUACACUUUUAAUUCACAGUCUCUCGUCCACCCUCCAAGAUUGCACUCGGACGCUUACAGCAGUACCAUCACAAUGACUUCAAGACCGUCCCUCAUGCCGCCGACCGAAGGGUCUUUCCUGUCGUCGGGCAGUUUCACUCCAUCUGGCCUCACACCCAAUACGCGUAACCAGGCUGAAGAGGCCCUUACAGCAAACAGCACCGCCCAGACCGACUCGGCAGCUCCCAAUCCUCGUCUUCUCCCUUUGAUGGGCACCGGUGGCGGCAACGAGACACCUACCCAAAACGGCACAACCGAGGUCCUAAAGGCAUACACGGGAUAUCGCCGGCCUGGGGUUGUUCGCGCCAGCUCUGCCAACUACGAAAAUGCGCUCAAGAGGGCCCAGGAGGCGUCCGCGUCAUCUGACCUCUCGACCGAUUCAGAGGUACCCAACAACAACAACAACGGUCAGAUCGUCGCCUCGCCUGCGUCCAUGUCUACGCCUUUCCCACUUCCCGGACAGGGCGUUGUCCCUCUCAACUACAACUCGCCUGUUGGUCUUCCCCAAGGCGACUCGCAGAAGAAGUCACGAUCUCGAGGUCUCAGUUUGAGCGGUCUCGCACAGCAGCAAGGGUGGACGGAGCAGGACUACAAGCGCAUCUACAGUGCUGAACUCAUGGCAGCGGAUUCAAAAAAUUCUGCUGGAUACGGUUCGGCGCCAAAGACUGAGACCGCCUAGUCUAUUGGGUUUUCACUACUUACUGCCUGACGAACGACGGACAGACACACAGACAAAGUUACAAAUACGAGUUGUCUGAAAAAGAGCAGAGACAGCGACCUUAUUAUCGUGACGGCGCUGCUAGCUGAUUCAUUACCAUAUUUAUUACAUGCAAGGCGUUAAGCGUGGUUUCAAACUAUGCAAAAAGGUCGCUGGUCGACAAGUGAUGCUAAAUAACAUAAUUUGAUAUCUGCCAUCGCGGG